AUGAUGCCCUUUGAAUUCAGGAGAAAGAAAGCCGUCUUUUCUCUGUCGAGCAACCGAAGUCUUCUCAUUGGUCAGAAGGUCAUAAUCCUGCGUCUCGGCAGAAGUCCAUGGAAUGAGCUUUACCUACCACAGCUUGUGUCUUGCCCAAAACUCCUCAAUUCCGAUCAGACUAUUUUGCCGCUUCGAUACACUCUUCCGCCAUCUUUCACUGAACGGUCAAGAUCGGGAAAUAUGGCUGGGAAUAGUUGGUCCAAGGUCCCUCGAGAGAUCAGGGAUCAGAUCUACAUCAAUAUGGUCCAAGGGAAAAAGUACGUGCUCGUUGACGCUGAGGGUUCCCCUGACAAACCCCUGAGCGCCUUUUACUACCGCGAGCUCGACUAUUCUCCUCCAGCAUACGCCGGUCUGCUGCGAGCGUCUAGAACCAUCAGCAACGAAUUACAAGAGGUUCUUUAUAAGGAAUGCGUUUUCCGUGCCUACCUCUCCAAACACCGAGACCGCCUUGUGACACCCCCGGAUCCACGAGAAUUCGCCCGCAUCCAGAAAAUGGAAAUCGUUCUAGACAAUGCUAUUUACCUAGCGAACCCAAUUACUCUACCAGGAACAGAUCCACGAGAUUUCGAUUCGUAUUACGGGGAAUGGUUCGAGGCACUUGGGGGUUCUGGCGCCGACCACGAAUUUUGCCGGAUCAGGAUCAUAAACAUUGCUCCAGAAACCUUUUACCUCACGCCGGUCUGUAGACAGCUUCUGUAUGCACUCAAAUCCUUCACCGGCUUCGGCACAGUGAUUGUGGAGCUUGGAGACUUGCCAGAUUCCCAGGCCAUCCAGCUUCCGGCUUCCCAUGGACCGAAUCCUCAGGUAAAGGAUGAACCACCUGAAGAGCCGAUGUAUGCAGGAGAAAGAUUCGAGGCUUUGAAGAGGACUAUAAAGAUCGAAUUGGAACCAUAUCUUGGGAAUUGCAUCUACUACGACCGUGAUCUUCUACGUUGUGUGGAGUUCCGCCCAACGACUGAUGAUCCGAUACCACCAGGCUGCGCCCCAUACAUCGAGGCGUGGGACGAGUGA